AUGCUCCUCUUCCUUAUCAACUUCAUCCUGAUUAUCUACUCCCUGUGCAGAUUCGUCUGUGCCGAUAUGACUACAGAUGCAAUCCACCUGCAAGGCCUCGCUUCCAACACAGCGGAUACCAUCUUCGCCUCGCUCAAUGGAACGGCUUAUCUCGUGAGUGCUGCGAAAGGCUGGUUACCGAAGUCAACUAAAGAUUCCAGNAAUACCUCGGAUCUCGUCUCUCAAGUCACUGCUGCCGUCCAAGGGGCUGAUUCAAUGGUGAUGUCCAAUGUCAUAUCUCCAAGAGCAAGCCUUGAAGGAAAAGCUAACCACAGCAGNUACGUUGACUCGAUGCUCUAUCUCGCCGAUACUGUCCAACGCCGCGGUCGCCUCUUCCACUCGGAGCUAAACCUUCCGGUCUACCAAGCUCUCCAGAACUUGUCUUCUGCCGUUUCUGUANNAGUAACACUUUCCGUGGUACGGAACUCAAGCAGAAGCAUUCUGAUGCCCGUGCAGACUUAUGGUCACGACCUCACAUCACACAAUUUGAUUCAGCGAAACAGCACCAUCCGUACUUUGACGACCGGCAGUGCCAUUGUCAAUGCACAAAGUGCGUGGGCCAACAAUCAGAACUACCCGGGCAAGAGAGAGACUUCGAGCUGGUCGGGUUGA